AUGGCCCCACAUGUGAGAGUACUCAACUAUGAGGCCACGGAACUAGUUGAUCCUUAUGUCCGCUACCUAGACUACUUCGAAGCUUAUAUCUAUACGCCCGAAGAGUACAGAAGAGACCGGAAUGAGUUCAACUGGGACUCCGCGGCAAUAGAGGUGUCUUAUAAGGCGGCGCAAAGACACUUUAGCGCGAUUGCGAGGGAUCAAAAUGAGAUACUGACUAGAAGGCAUGACGUCGCGAUUUUUGAGGGGUGCGUGAAGCAAUUUUUGCACCUGGACACUUUCAAGUUGUCUUUUCACGAGACGCAGCAUGAAAAGUAUUUCUGGUUCGCGAAUCGUGUCUUCAUAGACUGGAAAGACUCAUUUUCGCUUCAUCUUGAGACAAUGAUGAAAGCCUUACGCAGCGCCCAAGUCCAAGGGUUCUCUAUCCAGACUAUCGAAGUUUAUGGGUUCUAUGCAGGCCUGGGAAAGAACCAUACGGAUCUACUUGCUCUGGCUAGCGAAUGCCUUAUGGGGAUAUCGAAGAUCAAGCUCGUGGAUAGUUUCAGCCUUUUGCAUUUCUUGGCAGGUAUUCACCUAGAGUCUUUGCAGCAGAUAGAUCUGGUCAACUGUGGGCUCAUUGUGUCGGACCUGGACAAGUUUAUUCAGAGGCAGAAGGUCAGCCUGAAGACAGUCCGACUUGAAAGAGUUCUUGUGUAUGGGGGAGCAGGACCAUUGAGUCCUCAUCUCAGGUUGCUGGAGUCUGCCUUAUCCCAGUUGUCCUACAGCCAUCGCGGACUCCUCUCGUCACGUGAAAUAACAAUGGAAAUCUUGACAUAG